GUAUAUAUGCAACAUAAGAACAAUACUUAAAGGCACAUCAUAAAAAAUCAUCUUUUUUUUUUGUAUAAGUAACCUUUCAGAAUUCAUUCACAAAGUAGGAUGUAAUCAAUAGGCUAUUUUUCGGUCGUUUACUCUUCAAAGAAGUUACUUGCGUUCUUGGGAUUAUCCUUAUUACAUUUCUCACCUGAGUAGUGUGGAAUUCAUGUGGAGACAGAUGCGCAUUUUGAUUGAAUUUUGUUACUUCUGAAAAAGCUUACAUUUUUAUCACUUGACUGAGCUUAUGGAUGAUGAGUUAUAUUUCAUUGUGGAUUGAUUAGUUGCAUUCAACGGGAUACGUACAAACUGGGGCAUUUCUGUGGAUUUCAAUAUAAAGAUUCACGGAGACGAAUCAGCUAUGAAUAAUAUUAUAUACCGAGGCCAUUCGUUUUUCCUUUUACCCUUUAUGCCGAACAGCUAACAUCUGCAUUAGGAUUUCCACAAAACAAGGAGGAAAGAGGGGAAGGAUUCUUGCUUUAAGAACACAUAGGGUAAAAAAGAGGGAGGCAUCCCUUCUCAAAUGAAGCACAUUUUAUUGUCAGUCUUGGCCACUUUCCUUCCAUUGAUUGUUUUAAUUCAUUUUACUACUUUUCUGUUUCUGAGACUUCAUUUUAUGUAUUUGCUUAUUGACAAGGUUCUUGUAACCUAUAUAUUUAGUCUGGAAGACAUGGAUGAUGGAUCAAACCUAUUUUUAUUCUUUAACUAUACAUAG